AUGAGUGGUUCUAUAGUUAGGGCUUUGAAUUGGGACAUUGGUUAUGAACAGCAAUUUCUUGCUAUUAAUCCAAUUGGAGAUGAGGUAUUGUUGUACCAAACCAAUCAUGAAGAUCCCGGUACUGAGUCUAAUGACUUAAUUAAAAUCAAUAGCAGGGCGGGGUUUGAAAACAUUCAAUGUUCAGCAUAUUCUAUAAUAAAUAAGGGACUUACAGGAGUAGGAUCUAUUAGUGGGAACAUAUCUAUCUUUGAUAUAAAUUCCAAUACUUCAUCAAUCUUAAAACUUAAACCAAAACAAAAUCGACCAUGUAAUUCUAUAUCAUUUAAUCAUAGUAAUUUAAUAGUAGGAGGAUUUGAUAAAGGUAGACAAGAUAAUUCACUUCAGAUUUGGAAUAUCGAACAUUAUUCUCGAAAUAGUACUAAUGAUCAUAUUAAACGUCCAGUAGCAACUUAUUUACCUAAUGAAGCCAUACUUUCAGCCAUAUUUUAUCCUGAUCGUGAAAGUAGUAUACUAUGUGGUUCAUAUAAAUUCUUAAGAGAAAUUGAUUUAAGACUGGAUCAACCAGCAUUUCAAAUGGCUACUAAAUGUACUUUAGGAUUAACUGUAGAUCAUUUCCAGAAUCAUUUAUUUCAAUCAUUUAGUGAGGAUGGUUCAUUAGCAAUUUGGGAUAGAAGAAAGUUAACUACAUCUAAUUCUUCUAAGGGUAAGGCCUCAUUAUCUUCAGGAUAUGUUAUUACAGAAACUCCCGUAUUACAAUUUAGUAAACUUUUAAAUGAUAUAUCAUCACGAAAGAAUCAGAAUCCUUGUGUAAGAUAUUCGACUAUAAGAAGAGGAGAAUUUUCUGCAGUAUUUAAUGGUGAUUUAAUUAGAAGGUGGCAUACUGGAAUUGUUCCAGAUUCAUCAAUUGGUGGUGAAGUUGAAAUUGAUAAUAAAUCCAAAAAGGAUCCCACUAUAGUUCAAAGUCUUAAACAACAAUCAAUGCAAUUAUACAAAGAUGGAGAAGAAUCCUUAUUUGUUUCUUUAGUUCUUGAUGUGAAGACUGAUUAUGAAAGAGUCGUAUCAUUUGAUUAUUCUCCUGAUAUUGUUUCAAACACUUCUACUAAUUUUGUAUGUAUGAGACAAUCAGGAUCGGUAUUUAGAAUGCCGGUUGUAGAAUGUGUGGAAGCCAUAGAUUUUAAUUCAUUAAAUGAAUUCACAAUAGCUGGGCCCGAAGGUACUAUGUCUAAGUUUAUACCCAAUGAAUCUCGUGAAGUUAUCGCUGGUCGAAAUCGUGCUACAUCUCUGGCUACAAAUAAUAAUGGGAAUUUUACUAAAAAUAAUACAACUAUGAAUAGAUUAGGUAAUUUAAGUUUAACCGAAGAUUUAAGAAAAUAUAGUGAAGGAGAUUUUUCAGAAGAUUUAGAUUCUGCUAUGGAUGAUGAGAGUGUGAUAGCUAAAUUUGGGAAUGAUAAUAAUUUCAGUCGUUUAGAUAAUCGUGGUAGAUUUGAUAAUUAUCUUUCAAAUAAUUUACUUGAAUCUACUGAUGUUAUAAAUAAUGAUAUAUGUACUACUAUAAGAAGAAGAGCCAUAAUGGGAUAUGGAGUUGACUUUGAUGAAAAUGUUCGAGUCUUGGAAACAUUGGAUUCUAUUGAUACUCAACUCUUUUUACGUAAUACUUGGAAAUGGUUAAGUUUAGCUAAGAAAUCUUUAGAUAAAGGAACUAUGAUCUCAGAGGGAAUAGAUUUAGGAUAUCAAGGAGUUCUUGGGAUUUGGAAAGGGGUAGAAGAAUUAAGAGAUCAGAAUAGAAGUGCUCCUGAGGCAGGUCCUAUAACUGAUACUUGGUUUUCUCAUGCUGUAAAAUCCAUUGUAUCAUCAAAGGGUAAAAAGACUGCAGGAAUUAAUAUAUCUAGUAGUAGUGAAAGAAAAAUUCAAAGGAAGCUUUGUUUAAUUGUUUCUGGAUGGUAUUUAGCCGAUAAUGAAUUUGAAGAAAAGUUAGAUAUUCUUGUUUCAUUAGGAUUUUAUGAAAAGGCUGCUGGAUGGGCAGUUUUCCAUGGUGAUGUAAGUAAAGCUAUUGAAAUCUUAGGUAAUGCUAAGAAAGAGAAAUUAAGACUUAUAUCUACUGCCGUAGCUGGGUAUUUAGCCUAUAAAAAUUCCAAUGUUAAUAGUCCUUGGAAAGAUCAAUGUCGUAAAAUGGCUUCUGAAUUAGAUGAUCCAUAUCUUCGAGCCAUAUUUGCAUUUAUAGCUGAUAAUGAUUGGUGGGAUGUAUUAGAUGAACAUGCAUUACCAUUACGAGAAAGAUUAGGUGUAGCGUUAAGAUUCUUAUCUGAUAAAGAUUUAAAUGUUUAUUUAAAUAGAAUUGCUGAUUCGGUUGUUAGUAAAGGAGAACUUGAAGGAUUAAUUUUAACUGGAUUAACUCCUCGAGGUAUGGAUUUACUUCAGAGUUAUGUAAAUAGAACUAGUGAUGUUCAAACGGCAGCAUUAAUAUCGGCAUUUGCAUGUCCUCGAUACUUUUCUGAUGAUAGAAUUAAACAUUGGGUGGAUUGUUAUAGGAGUUUACUUAAUAGUUGGGGAUUAUUUAAGAUUCGAGCUAAAUUUGAUGUUUCCAGAACAAAAUUAUCUAAGAAUUAUGCUGGAAAUGCUACCAUAAAGGCUUCACCUAAACAAGUAUAUCUUCAAUGUUCUCGAUGUAAUAAGAAUAUUUCUAAAUCCAAAUCGAAUUCUAUGGGACAAGGAGCUAGUACUCAUGCAUUAUUAAAACAAUUCAAUAAGUUAAAGUUAUCAAAGGGUAGUAUUAAUGCGUGUCCUCAUUGUGGAGCCCCCUUACCGAGAUGCUCUAUAUGUUUACUUAGUCUUGGAGCUCCUCUUGCCUUUGAUUCAUUUGAUGAUACGACUAAAAGUAAAAUAGAAGAUAAGUUUAAAGAAUGGUUUAGUUUCUGUCUUAGCUGUAAUCACGGAUGUCACGCGCAUCAUGCCGAAGAAUGGUUUUCCAAACAUUAUGUAUGUCCUGUACCUGAUUUCAUUAAUGAUGUUCUAGCCAAGAUUGAUCGAGAAAAGAAAGUCAUUCAAGGAUUUCAGAAUAUUAAGAAAAACAGUGAUAAUGCCGAAGUGAUUCAAAAGUGUAACUCCCAGAUAAGGGAAACACAACAGAAUAUCACCUUUCUUGAACAAAGUCUUGUUAAAAUCAAUCUACAAGUUAAUGGCAGUGAAUCAGAAUCACCCGAGAAAAAGUCUGAAUUACCAGCAAAUGACAAUAAACCAAUUUAUUCCCGAUUUGAUCUAAUUAAGUAUGACUGUCCAUCUUUAGGCCAUAAGAUUCAGUAUAUGUUACAACAUUUACCAUUUAAAUUACAAGCCGAAUAUAAAUAUCGAGAAGCCAAUGAGAAAAUCCAUCAGUUAUACUUAAAGGACGGAGAUAAGUCUUCGAGUAUAGCAGCUGAAGGAGGCAAAAUGGAGAAUGAUCAAAAGAUUCUGUUAUUGAAGAAAGCUUUAAGAAAGUAUCAAAAUAUGCAUAUUGAUCUUGAAGAGUUUACUAAGGAUUUUGAAAUGAUGACUACUCCUAAACAUGCUAUAAAACCACUCACAGGCAAAUUGACUGUAUCGGUUACAUGUAUUAGAGAUGUUGAUCAUAUAGCAUCACCAAUGUUGGCUAAGAAACCUGAAUCUAUUGUAGUUAUUAAAAUCGAUGAUGUUGAAAAGGCUCGUACUAAACCUUCAAGAACUAAUAAAUGGAAUGAAGAAUUAUCAUUUCAUGUUGAAAAGGGUAAAGAAAUUGAAUUGGCCGUGUUUGAUAAAUCAGCCAAUAAUUGGGUCCCCGUAGCUGUUAAUUGGGCAUUACUUUCAGAUAUUACCGAAGAAAUUCGUAAGAAGAAAGUAGCCAAUGAAUUAGGAUCUAGUGGAUGGAUGACUGCAUCAAAUUUAUCUCAUGUAAAUACCGUUGGAGGUCCUAAUCAAUUCAGUAAUGAAUCAGAUAAAUCCACUGAUAUUUAUACUAAUUCAUUCAAUAAUUUUAGUGAUCUGGCAGCAACUUUAGCCACUUCGGGUUCAACCACAAGUGCAAAUGCCGAUGGACUGAAAAUUCAAAUUAAUUCAUGGUUAAGUUUGGAACCAGUCGGACAAAUUCUUGUGACAAUUAAUUUUGAAAAGACUAAUGUCGAAGGUAAAAAAUUAAUGGGAGCUAUUGAACGUCAUGGAGCCAUUAAAAAGAAGAAGGAUGAAGUCUUUGAACAACAUGGACAUCAAUUUGUUCAAAAACAAUUCUAUAAUGUUAUGUGUUGUGCCUUAUGUGGAGAAUUUCUUCGAUAUACUGGUUAUCAAUGUCAAGAUUGUAAAUUCUUAUGUCAUAAGAAAUGUUAUCAAAAAGUGGUUACUAAAUGUAUUUCGAAAUCUAGUACGGAUGAUGAUGAUGAAACUAAAUUAAAUCAUCGUAUUCCUCAUAGAUUUGUUAAUACCAAUAAUAGUGGAACUAAAUGGUGUUGUCAUUGUGGUUAUCUAAUACCUUGGGUUCGGAAAAAGAGUGAUAGUGUUCGAAAAUGUAGUGAAUGUCAUAUCAUGUGUCAUGCUCAUUGUACUCAUUUAGUUCCUGAUUUAUGUGGGAUGUCAAUGGAAACGGCUAAUACGAUUCUUAUGACAAUUAAAUCUACAAAACCAAGUGCUCCUCGUACUACCACUACUACCACCACCACCCAUGCUCAUUCUCAUUCUCCUGGUAAAGUUAUUAAACCUUCAACAUCUUAUGGAGGUCUACCAAGUCUUCCAUCCACUGCUGAAUCUUACGGAAAAGUAUCCGAUAAUUUAACUAGUUUAUCGGAUGAUGAAGCCGAUACUAAAGAUAUUUAUGAUUCAAAAUUACCAACGCAAACUACAAAUGCUUAUCAACAACCAGUUCAACAUCCUUAUGCUAGUGCUCUUAAUAGGCGUCCACCUCCAACAUUUGGUCAACAACAAGGACAAGUUGCUCAAGAACAAAUCUCUACUGUAGAAGAACCUCAUAUUCCAAUUCAAAGAGAUAUACUUCCUGAACCUCAAAUUCAUCAACAAUCAGGUGAUUUUGAUAAUUUUGAUUAUAAUAAUCAUCAUACUGAUCAAUACAUUCCUGGUGAAGUAAUGGCAGCUCCUAGAAUUGAUGAUAUUCCAACCGAUGAUCAUAAACAAAUCCAACAUGUUCAACCUCCUGAACAUGCUAAAGUUAAAGGGAAACGUAGAAAGAGAAGAGUUGGAUUAGAUGAUUUCCAAUUCUUGGCUGUAUUAGGUAAAGGUAAUUUUGGUAAGGUUAUGUUGGCUCAAUCAAGAGAUACUUAUGCCUUAUGUGCUAUUAAAGUAUUAAAGAAGGAACAAAUCAUUCAAGAUGAUGCUGCCAGUGAUGUUAAAUCAGAAAAGAGAGUAUUCUUAACGGUUAAUAAGGAAAGACAUCCAUUCUUAUUGAAUUUGCAUUGUUGUUUCCAAUCGGAAAAUCGAAUCUAUUUUGUUAUGGAAUAUAUUUCCGGAGGAGAUUUAAUGUUUCAUGUUCAAAAUGGUAAAUUACAUCCUAAAAGAGCCAAGUUCUAUGCUUGUGAAAUUCUUUUAGGAUUAGAAUAUUUCCAUCAAAAUGGAAUUGUUUAUCGAGAUUUGAAAUUAGAAAAUAUCUUAUUAACUAGUCAAGGACAUAUUAAGAUUGGAGAUUAUGGUUUAUGUAAAGAAAAUAUGUGGUAUGGAAAUACUACAGGAUCAUUCUGUGGUACUCCUGAAUUUAUGGCACCAGAAAUUGUUUCUGCUAAACCAUAUGAUAGAAGUGUUGAUUGGUGGGCAUUUGGAGUUUUGUUUUUCCAAAUGCUUUUACGUACUUCACCAUUUAAGGGAGAAGAUGAAGAAGAAAUCUUUAAUGCUAUAUUAAAUGAUGAUGUUAAAUAUCCAAUUUAUUUACCAAGACAAACUGUAUUAGUUUUACAAGGUUUAUUAACUAAAGAUCCUACUAAACGUCUUGGAGGUAGUGAAAGAGAUGCACAAGAAAUUAAAGAACAUGAAUAUUUUAGUGAUGUUAAUUUUGAUGAUGUUUUACAUAUGAGAAUUCCCGUGCCAUUUGUUCCGGAAUUAAAUAGUGAACAUGAUUAUAGUAAUUUCGAUAAAGAGUUUACUUCUGAAACUCCAAGAUUAACCCCAGUAGAUAAUGUUCUUAGUGCUGAAGUUCAAGAACAAUUCCGGGGCUUCUCUCAUAUUGCUGAUAAUGCAACUAUAUAGGUUUGGUAACAUAGUUAUAGUUUAGGUUUACAUUAUUUGUAUUUAAUUAAAGUUUGAAAUUAAUAAUAAUAAUAUAAUUAAAAAUUAA